CGAGCCGCGGACCCGACCCGCUCCAGCCACGCCCCCUCCACCCACUGCAGGCGCGGCCCGAGCGCUGCCCAGUUGACUUUUUCACCAUGAUCCCCUGCAGAGCAGCACUGUCUUUUGCCCGAUGUCUGAUCAGGAGAAAAAUCGUCGUCAUGGACGGCCUAGAAGAUUCCAAAUUAAGCCGUUGCUUAUCCACCAUGGACCUCAUUGCCCUGGGGGUUGGAAGUACCCUCGGUGCUGGGGUUUACGUCCUGGCUGGGGAGGUGGCCAAGUCGGAUUCAGGCCCCAGUAUCGUCCUGUCCUUCCUCAUCGCCGCCCUGGCUUCGGUGAUGGCCGGCCUCUGCUACGCUGAAUUUGGGGCCCGAGUUCCCAAGACGGGGUCCGCCUAUCUGUACACAUAUGUUACCGUUGGAGAGCUGUGGGCCUUCAUCACCGGCUGGAACCUCAUUUUAUCCUAUGUGAUAGGUACAUCAAGUGUUGCAAGAGCUUGGAGUGGCACCUUUGAUGAACUUCUGAACAAACAGAUUGGCCAGUUUUUCAGGACGUACUUCAAUAUCAAUUAUACCGGCCUUGCGGAGUAUCCAGACUUCUUUGCUGUCUUCCUCAUAUUGCUUCUAUCAGGUCUUCUAUCUUUCGGGGUAAAAGAGUCUGCUUGGGUGAACAAAAUCUUCACAGCUGUCAACAUCCUGGUCCUUCUCUUUGUUAUGAUUGCUGGGUUUGUGAAAGGAAACGUGGCCAACUGGAAGAUUAGUGAAGAAUUUCUCAAGAAUAUAUCAGCAACUGCCAGAGAGCCGCCCGCUGAAAAUGGAACAAGUCUCUACGGGGCCGGUGGCUUCAUGCCGUACGGCAUUGCGGGAACGUUGGCCGGGGCUGCAACCUGCUUUUAUGCCUUUGUGGGAUUUGACUGCAUUGCAACAACUGGUGAAGAGGUCCGGAACCCUCAGAAAGCUAUUCCUAUCGGAAUUGUGACCUCUCUGCUUGUUUGCUUCAUGGCCUAUUUUGGGGUCUCUGCAGCUUUAACACUUAUGAUGCCUUACUACCUCCUCGAUGAAAAGAGCCCCCUUCCUGUAGCAUUUGAGUACGUCGGAUGGGGUCCCGCCAAAUACGUCGUGGCUGCGGGCUCCCUCUGUGCGCUGUCAGCAAGUCUUCUGGGCUCUAUGUUUCCUUUACCCCGAAUUCUGUUUGCCAUGGCCCGGGAUGGCUUACUCUUUAGAUUUCUUGCCAAACUGAGUAAGAGGCAGUCACCAGUUGCUGCCACACUGACCGCAGGGGUCAUUUCUGCGGUGAUGGCGUUUCUUUUUGACCUGAAGGCACUCGUGGACAUGAUGUCCAUCGGCACUCUCCUGGCCUACUCUCUGGUCGCAGCCUGCGUCCUCAUCCUCAGGUACCAGCCCAGCCUGUCGUACGAGCAGCCCAGAUACUCUCCUGAGAAAGAAGCUCUGGAGUCGUGCGCCGGGGCGGACUCGGAAAGCGCGUCCCAGGUCACCAUGCUGCAGGGACCUGGUUUCAGCCUGCAGACCCUCUUCAGCCCCUCGGCGCUGCCCACAAAGCAGUCGGCUUCUCUUGUGAGCUUCCUGGUAGGAUUCCUGGCCUUCCUCGUGUUGGGCCUGAGUAUUCUGACCACGUACGGAGUCCAGGCCAUCGCCAGGCAGGAAGCGUGGAGCCUGGCCCUCCUGGUGCUGUUUCUCGUCCUCUGCAUUGCCAUCGUCCUCACCAUCUGGAGGCAGCCCCAGAAUCAGCAUAAAGUAUCCUUCAUGGUCCCAUGCUUACCAUUUCUGCCGGCGUUCAGCAUCCUGGUGAACAUUUACUUGAUGGUCCAGCUGAGUGCGGAGACUUGGAUCAGAUUUAGCAUUUGGAUGGCGCUUGGUUUCCUGAUUUACUUCACUUACGGCAUUCGACACAGCCUGGAGGGGAAUUCAAGAGACGAAGAUGAUGAUGAAGACUCGUAUUCAGACAACAUUAACGCAGCCACCAAAGAAAAAGCUGCCAUUCAAGCACACGACCAUCACCAAAGAAACCUCAGUUUACCUUUCAUACUCAAUGAAAAGACGAGCGAAUGCUAACGCUUGUAGGAGCCGAACAGGUCAUAGUCUUAAUGUAUGUAUCCUACACUGAGCAAACCGGCAGGAUGUCAUCAUCAUGCUAACUUGUCAUGGGUUUGCUGCAGACAUAGUUCACCCUAAUUUAUACUCCCCUGGACAGCACCUCCUCAGGUGGUGGAUUACACCUGGGGAAACCUGAGCUCUCUCCUAGUGCUAUCUCCCAGCGUGUGUGCAUGUGUGUCUGUGUUGGUAGAAGUUGUUGGUGUUUUACUGCUAUUGCUUUCCAUUUUUCCAGUGUUUGUCAUGAUUUGGGGUCAUAUGGUACACAUACUGAAAUGGAGGCAAUCACUGAAUCAAAGAGUGUUUUGUAUGUGCGUGGUAUUGUCAGGGAAGUGACUGUUGCUUGUCCUUGUUAGAUUUCAUCAAUGUCAACUUAGAACAGGCCACAGAUGCAGUUCCUCAUCUGGGAGUCUGUCAUUGGUCAGGAGUAAGAGGAGGCGGUAAGACAUGAGCCUUUUCUAUAACUUACAAAUGCCAAAUUACAAAUUACUUUUAAUUCCAUCCUUGUUCUAAAAGUCACUUAAAAUAAGCCAUUAGCAUCUCCCAGAUCACACAGCUGGUGGAAUGGUUCAUACUUUUCCCCAUUAUUUAAAAACUAAUCAGAUAAAGAAUUCACUCCUCUCUUUCUACCAUUAUUUUGUCUUGUCCUGGAGAUGAGGGCUACAGUAGCAAAUUCUAUCUUUACUACAUGCAAAAGAGGAAAAAAUGAAGGGAUGAAAGAAAAAAAAUUCCUCUGUUCUAAUUUUAAAGUGCCUAUUCAGAUAUUAAAGAGCGUUUGGCUCAAUUCAAGGCAUUCAGAUCUGAUUUGGCUGUUUCUUUUGGAAACAUUUAGGGAUGUUUUUCAUCCCCCACCCCAUAGUAGUUUAGCACUUUUAAUUUCAUUUAUUUUUAAAUGGUCACACUAAAGCUAUUCAUACAAGCUCCAGUAUUCUAUCAGUGGUUGGCCAAUAAAAUAUUUUGGUUAAAUACAUGAUUGUUUAAAACUUUAAGUUAAAAAAUUAACCAAAUUGAAGCUAUAGAAGACAGUAACCUUUCUAUGAGUAAAUAAUUUGUUUUUUGUAAGAUUCUCUAAAUACUAUAUUUUACUUUGUAGGGUUCUCUCAUGAUAGACUAUUUAUCUGCAGUGUGAUUUGCUUCUCAUGAAUUGUUUUUCUUACAAAUCAUUAAAUGGUCGACCAGUUGAGAGCAAAGGCUCAAUACAUGUAUAGCUGGGUUGCAUUCCCGGGACAAGCGCUGUCCAGCACACCAGAUGGCCAGCCUCAUCCAGAAACAAGGAAACGUUUCUGACAGCCCUUCUAAGAGAUCAGUUAUUGUAUUGAUGCUAUUAAAAAGCCAGUCGUGAUCGAAUUGUCUAACCCUGACUUUGUUGUGGUUAAAUAUCAAACCAGCGGGUAGAAAGCCUGGGUUCUGGGCUGCUAGACUCCUGGCGUCCCUGACAUAGAACUCAGUGCUGACAUUCCACAAUUCCCGGGUGUUCAUGGCAAAAUCUGCGGCUGAGAAUUCUCUUCCAAGCUGCGUGUUUCCCUGGAAAGGCAGGUGGUAGAGGAGACUUGUACGGACUGUAGCGAUGCUCGGAGACCUUUGCUAUCGGAGCCGUGAGAACCCCUUAUACCCCAGGAUCAAUCUAGAAUAGGCCCUUCGCACAGAGAACGUGAGGUACUGCUUAUAUGAAUAUUUAACUCUUUUGUUGUAACGAAAUCAAGAAAUCUGUUUAGAAUGUGAUAGGCAGCUAAAACUGUUAUGCCCCACGUGUUCAUUUACGAGCAGAAUUCAGUUAAAAAUUAUUUUUCCACUUUGAAACACUUUGCAAACACAAAUGUCUAUGUAGAGAUGCUUUGUCAGUGACUGUGUGUUUUUUUUUCCUUCGAAGACUCAAAUGUGUAUCUGUAUGUGCGAGGGUGUAUAUAUUAUGUAUAUGUAUAUGUAUGUCUGCGUAUUUCAAAUGUGAGUGUAAAAGUCAGUUGGGUUUAUGUUGGGCUUUGGAAAGAAUACCUUUGUGUGGAUAAAAAAAAAA